UAUUCCCCAGCUCCUCCACCCAAGAACAACGCGACUCUCAAAGACGACCCCUAUGCCUUCCUCUCCACCUUCGACACCGUCUUCGUCAUCGACGACAGCUACUCCAUGGGCACGCCCGUCGCCGGCUCACGGCAUCGAACCUACUGGGACGAAGCCCGCGACGCCGUCGAAGCCAUCACGCCCAUCUGCACAGCCUACGAUUCCAACGGCAUCGACAUCUACUUCCUAAAUGGCAACCGAUCCCCCUUCCACCACAACGUAACCUCCGUGUCGACCGUGCGCGAGAUAUUCUCCAGCAUGUCCCCCAUGGGCUCCACGCCGACGGGUCAAUGUCUGAACAAAAUCCUCAAGCCUUACCUCGAUUCCUAUAAAGCCAAGAAGGAGCAGACCAAACCCAUCAACAUCAUUGUCAUCACGGACGGCGUGCCUACUGACGACGACUCCGCGCCGUUGAUCUUGGCCGCCAAGAAGCUCGAUCAGCUCGAAGCGCCCUUGUGGCAGAUUGGUGUUCAGUUCUUCCAGGUCGGCAACGAUGCCGGUGCGUGUGAGCACCUUCGCCGUCUGGAUGACGAUCUGAAGGAUCUCAGCGGCGAUCCGCAUAUGCGCGAUAUCGUCGAUACCGUGUCAUUCAAGGACCUCCAUGGCUCUGGUCUGACUGGCGAUGCCAUCCUGAAGGUUGUCCUCGGGGCUGUCAAUCGUCGACUAGAUCGA